AUGGAAGAUUCACAGCCGUCUUCCUCACGUGACCUAGAUCAUGCCGGAAACUCCACAACAACCCUUCCUUUCGAUCUCACCGUCGAGAUACUCUCCCUACUUCCGACGAAAUCCAUCAUCCGAUUUCAAUCCGUGUCGAAGCAGUGGCUCUCUACCAUCCACAGCAAACGUUUCGUCGACUCGUUCCUGACUAGGUCAAAGACUCGGCCACAUCUCCUUUUAACCCUCAAGAACAAUGCCGGAAAGCGUUUCAUCUUCUCGACACCUGAAGACAACAACGGCGACGAUGACAAAGCCGGCUCCAUAGGCACCGGCAGACACGACAUGAGGGUUGACGUCCACAUAUCUAGUCCUGUCAACGGCUUCGUCUGCUUCCACGGUGGUGGUUCGAUCUUCGUUCGUAAUCCGACCACUAGACAAAUUGUGAACUUGCCAGUCGUUGAACUCAAUGGAAGAAACAAGUACGCAAGCCUCGGGUACGAUCCGGUGGAAGACCAAUACAAAGUCUUGUGCGUGGUGAUUCACACUGGACACCGCCGUAAUGGUCAAGCGCAUGUCGAGCAAGAGCAUUUUGUCUGCACAGUGAGAUCAUCUGAGAAACAAGAGUAG